AUGACAAACUCUUUUCGAGAUGUGUAUACCUUUAUGCCUCAAUAUUUUUCUCUUCUUUUAAGUAAGACACAAAUUGAAGAAAUUUAUGCAGAUAAUAACAAUUUCGUAGAAGCUUUUGGUAACGAAGAAUUUUUCAUGCUACCUUCUACAUUGAAAGUGUGCGAUUUUGCAAAUAACAGACUUUUGAAGUUCCAUUUUGGUAUGCCCUUCUUGUUGAUAUUAAACUUACGGAAUAAUUCGCUAGGUGUGUACCUUUCGACAAAAAGAUACACAAAUUCCAGCAAGACUUACCUACGAGAAGUUGAUCUAUCUUUCAAUUCUAUUCAGGAUUUAUCUUUCACUGUAUUUCACGGACAUGUAAAUACAAUCAAGAUCAAUCUUAGCAACAACAAAAUAUCGGAUCUCACUUUCGAUCUUUCUCAUCUCAUUAGUUUAGAAAAACUUGAUCUAUCUUGUAACAACAUCAAUGGAAUAACUUCGCAAAAAUCUAUGGAUACAUUACAUAAAAUCUCGAAAACAUCAAAGCUGAAAAUUGACCUGUCAAAUAAUUUAUUAAAGUGUAAAUGUCAAAAUCUACAUUUCCUACAAUGGAUGGAAGCAAACUUGGAUAUGUUCAUAAACAGCAAUAAUUACAUAUGCCAGGUUGAUAACAAUGACGUAGUUCAUUUGACAAAUGUUCAAAAAAUAAUUAAACAACUUGAGAAGGAGUGCAGUUCGUAUACUAUGUUAAUCAUUUGUAUAACAAUGGGAAUAAUUACUGCUUGUAUCACCCUUGCUGCUGGAUUGAUGUUCCGAUUUCGAUGGAGGCUACGUUAUCUGUAUUAUAUGACAAGACAUAAAUACAAUGUUUUAAAAAAUAUUCAAUCUAGCGAUACUUACAAAUACGAUGCAUUCAUCUCGUAUGCAAAUGAAGAAACCGAUUUCGUUGUGAAUGAAAUUAUACCAAACAUAGAAAGUGAUGACAACAUAAAACUCUGUAUACAUCAGCGGGACUUCGUUCCAGGAGAAGAAAUUACACAUAACAUUACAAAUGGAAUUCACCAAAGUAGGAGGACAAUAUGCAUAUUAACGCGAUCAUUUCUUGAUUCAUACUAUUGCAUGUUUGAAUUUAAUAUGGCAAGAAUGGAAAGUAUAUAUUCCAGAGAUAGUCAAAACAUUCUCUUUCUGAUCUUCAUUGAACAACUCCACCCUAAAGAUCUACCGUUAGUCAUUCUGGAGUUAGUUCAUAGCCAAUCUUACAUUGAGUACCCAAAUGAUGAACAAGGAAAUGUCGUGUUUUGGGGUAAAAUUAAGGACGCCAUAGCUUGA